UGCCGCAGUUGUCAUCUCGAACACGUUCCGGAAAUUACACUGUUUUUCACCGAUGACGAUGGAAAAAUGCGAUUUUACCCGUGCACGAGCAUAUUAACCUGAAGAACUUUCGGCUGGCUUUGAAGGAAAAGCGAGCUCAUGGGUUCCGGUGACGAACUGCUUUCUCGCUGUCAGGAAACUAGCUAAAGAUUCAUUCUGGCUUCUGCUGUUUACCAUCAUCAACAUCACGAGAACGCUUGGACUAAUGUCGCCUAAAGAUCCCAUCUCCUGCUUAAUAUCACCACAUUCGCUUGUACGGCCAUCUGGGAGCGUAUUUUUCGCACUUUCUCUUGAGUUUUGACUGAGUUUAACCGUCAUCAGCGGAAAGGGGAAUUUGUUCUCGAAGUUCAAGUAACGUUAGCCGCCGCUGACUGUAACGCGCACGCUCUUUUGUCCAGAUCUUCGACAGUGCGAUUCCUGUGCAGUUGUCCUCAUGCGUUUUUCGCUUUUACUUCGGUAAAGUGGAUACAUGAAGGCUGCUUUCACAGUCCCAUGCCUUCAUUCAAAAUCAUUUGUCGCAUAAUAAUGCGGAGAUUGUCCAAGCAUCGAGCUGAGGGCUCAUUUUCUUCUUUAUUUGGCUUUACAAAGUUGUUACGCACAGGAUUCAUUAACACAUACGGAAUGUUACCGAUUCGCCUUUCAAUAGAAAAGUGAAAACUGUCCGUUCGUGCAGUGAGCUGGCCAGACACAUCGACGGAGUGGGAAAAUACGCAGGAAAAGAAGCCAUCAAAUUUACGGAAAUCCCUUCUUUUCCUCCGGUCGGCUAUUACAAAUGCAUUCUAUGUGAGCAACUCGCUUAUAUCUGCACGAUUUGGGUUAUUUUAAUACAUUCUUACCCUUUGGACGUUAUUAUUCAGAUUUAUUUUGAACUCCAUGCAGUAGUUACUAUGUCUACACAAAGCUAUACAGAUAUGUCGCGUGACGAAACGUCAAUAUUUCCUUCCUAGUCACUAGAUCGCUGCUUUCUCUCAGCAUAAACUGGAAAUUACGUAUGUUUGUGUGUUUAAGAGGUCUCUUCUCUUAACUGGUCUGAGGAAUAAGUUUGAUGGAUGAUAUGGGAGACCCUCAGGGGUCCGCGCGCCUGAAAGCGCGUUAGCAAUGGCAGCGGCCUGGAUAUCUGUGGACAGUCAUAUUGCAUUAACUGUAACUGUAACGUUUGUCUUCACAAUAUACAUCGACUUUCCGAAGACAGGACGGAAAGUGACUCUGUGAAGAGCCCUCUUUCACCUGCGUGCAGUUCAGGAAGAACAGAUAACGUCUUCGAAGGACACCAGAAGGUUACUAAGCCAUUGAUGGGUGACACUAGAGGACGGUGUGUGUAAGGACCUUCAGCCCUGAACUCUGAUCAAGAGCACACACAUUCAUACCACCAAAAUGAAUGAGAGACAGGCUCUCCAUUCAAUUAUGAAGGAUCUGGUGGCCCUGCAGAUGACCAGGCGCCAGCCGGCAUCAACUUAUGACACGGCAAAACCUAAACCUGUCAGCACUGCCAGCUCUUCCAAACGAAUGGAGGAUGUCAGGAUUAAGUUUGAGUUCUGUGGUGAAAGAAGGAUUCUGAUGUUUGGGCGGCCUGUGCAGUUUGAGGAAGUCCAGCAGAAAGUCAAAACAUUCUUCGGUCAGCAGUUAGACCUGCAUUAUAUGAAUAAUGAGCUGUCCAUCCCCCUGCGCAAUCAGGACGAUUUGGAUAAAGCCAUUGAUCUGUUGGACCGCAGCUCAAACAUGAAGAGCAUCAAGAUCAUGCUGCUGACACAGGAACAAAGCAAUGCCUCUUCUCCAUCUCAUCACACAAUGUGUAAGCAGGUUCGCAUUAAAACCUCUCAGUCCACCGGUGAUGUCAGUACUGCCUACCAAUCCUCUGAAUCAAGAGGACGCCACCACUCCACCAGCUCUCAGAACACUGGGCGAAGUUCUCCACCCCCCGGUUACGUUCCUGAGUGCCAACAGCGAAUUGCACGUCAGGGAUCGUACACCAGCAUCAAUAGCGAGGGGGAGUUCAUACCUGAAACCAACGACCAGUGUGUGCUGGAUCCUUGGAGCAGUGCAGAAAACUCCGUGUCCGGCAGCUGUCAGUCACUUGACAGCAACUCUGACAGUCCCUCACUCAGGAAACCUCGUACACACAGGGUUAAGAGUUACCCUGACAACCGACAGGACUGUGCAGACCGGGAAAACCAUGUAUAUGAUAAGAUUGUAGGGAAGGGAGGGACGUACCCUCGCAGGUAUCAUGUGUCGCUGCAUCAUAAAGACCACAGUGAAGGUCGACGGACAUUUCCACGGAUCCGUCGUCCCCAGGGAAACUUGUUCACGUUGGUGCCCUCACGGCGUUCACUGAACGGCAGUGAGGAGAGUUUGGGGAGCUGGCAGCUGGUUGAUACUCAAGCCAGACUCCGCCCACAGGACCGCCCAGUCCCACAUAAGUCCCCUACAGCUCCAGUGACGUGGCGUAGGGGGAAGUUGCUAGGCCAGGGUGCGUUUGGAAGCGUUUAUUUGUGCUAUGAUGUGGACACAGGCAGGGAACUUGCAGCAAAACAGGUUCAUUUUGACCCUUCCAGUCCAGAGACCAGCAAGGAGGUGAGUGCUUUAGAGUGUGAGAUACAGCUGUUGAAGAACCUGCAUCAUGAACGAAUCGUUCAGUACUACGGUUGCCUUAGAGACCAUAAUGAGAAGACCCUCACCAUUUUCAUGGAGUAUAUGCCCGGAGGUUCAGUCAAAGACCAGCUGAAGGCUUAUGGGGCAUUGACAGAGAAUGUGACACGCAAGUAUACCAGACAAAUUCUGGAGGGCAUGUCCUACUUGCACAGCAACAUGAUCGUCCAUAGGGACAUCAAAGGUGCCAACAUCCUGCGAGAUUCAGCUGGCAAUGUGAAGCUGGGAGAUUUUGGUGCCAGUAAGCGGCUUCAAACCAUCUGCAUGUCCAGCACUGGGGUCCGUUCUGUUACUGGAACACCGUACUGGAUGAGCCCAGAGGUCAUCAGUGGAGAGGGGUAUGGCCGGAAGGCAGAUGUCUGGAGUCUUGGCUGCACUGUGGUGGAGAUGUUGACAGAAAAGCCCCCGUGGGCUGAAUUCGAGGCCAUGGCAGCCAUAUUUAAGAUCGCCACUCAGCCCACCAACCCCCAGCUGCCCUCUCACAUCUCCGAGCACACACGGGACUUCCUCCGCUGCAUCUUCGUGGAGGCCAAGUACCGGCCGAGUGCAGAGGAGUUACUCAGACAUCCCUUCUCCCAGAUCUUGUGUUGAGGAGGCCCACUGUCCAUCUAGCUGCUUCCACAGAUUAAAACCCCUCAGUUUCCUUGUUCAAAGAGUGAUACGCUCAGUUUCAAAGGUACUCUGCGUUUCCAGAACAUGUGACCUGGAUUGGAUUAGGUCCUGGAUUAGGUCACAAAACUGGUUUGUUCACUAAUGGUUUGAAAUGUGAUGUCUUUGGGACAGCAGUGGGUGCUACAGGACUUUCGUGAUGCACACACUCUUUAUUCCAGGAGUAAAUAGAUUGAUGCCGUCACAGGAUGAGGUUUGGGCCACUGAGCUGCUUCAAACCAGACUUUUUCUUGCAACAACUGCCAAAUGUGCCUUCUAAAGCCAGCAGGAGUCAGUCUCCCUGAAGCUCAAAUAAGUUUCACCAAGAAAGUCUCCUGGUAAUGAAUGUUUCAUACAGUCCACAGCAGAGAUAUGAAGUCAAUGUUUUUAUGUGCCAUUUCCCCUUCUACACGGAUUCCUGUGUGCACCCAUUGUCUCUAUGACUCCAGGCAUUUAGUGUUAAAGGGAACGUAAUAAUUGUGUCUCGGUUUAUUCCUGACUCAGAUGAAUGAGGGUCUUGCGCACGUCAGUCUCGAAUGGUUUGCAUUUAUGAUUAAUCUUAUAUGUUGAGAAUAGGAUUGCACUUCAGUAAGAACUGUUUUAGUCUGUUACAGAAAGCGGCUUAUAUUCGUUUUUUGACUGAGGUCAGAUGCCAAGGAUCAGGGCAUGAGGUUAAAAUGUUAAAGUCUAAAUGUUCUUUGGUUGAGGUGUAAUGUGUAGUUUUGUACCGCAGUAGUGCCUUAUAGUGUCCUGUAGAGAGCAGCAGUACAGUACCUAAAAUGCAGCUAAUCUCACUAAUGCUAUUCCCAUAAUGAUGAGAUGUUAAAUUGGGAAUCUCGUAAGGUGUUUUAUUGGUUAUUUUGGGUGUGGCGAGAGAUAUUGAGAGCACAUUAGGAUGUAUAGUUGUUUUCUCUCCAGCCCAGCCAAAGAAAAUGUAUUACAAAAGUGUUGUGCCUUAAGUGUUGUGUGGCAGUAUAUUGGACUCAUUUGGAUCAGAUGCACUUUUGAAUAUGAAUGUUGAAUAUACCAAAUUGUUCAUUUGUUACACAGAAUGUGAAGCCUUGUUCACUUUUAUUUAUAUCCCAAUGUUCAGCCAUUUUUAUAUACGAGUAUAUAUGUAUAUGUAUAAAUCUAUUUUUAUAUAGUGACUCUGAACCGAGUUAUGCUUUUAGGAACAGAAGAUGAGUUAGAAACAAGAAUUGUAACAGCAGCUGGUUUUGCAGAGACUACAACAUGAUUUUACAUGUUUAUUACUGGCUGGAAAUUGAGCUCUGGGGAUUUAUGCCGUGCCUGAUCUGUGCAAGUCAUGUUUUUUGAGUGUUUAUUGUGUGUCUGUUUCUGCUUAUCUGUGUGUUUUUUUUUCACCCGAGGAUGUCGUAGAGAAUCUCAUGCAGACAGGAUUUUGAUGCUGGUUGUCACAGGAAGUGACCACUGCCUGGAAUCAUUCUCAGAAAUGCAUGUACACACAGAUAUGCAUAUUUGCUGCCACUUAGGAAGGACUUGCACAGAUAUUUGCCUUUUAUGUAUUCAGAGUUGCAGUGUUGGAAAGAAAAAUAAGAGGUGUAAAAGAAAGAUUUAGUUUUUAUGUUAAGAAAACAACAUGUGCACUGCUUACAUAGGGUAGGGUCAGUAAGAUUUUUGUGAAAGAAACCGUGUUUAUUCAGCAAGGAUG